AUGGCGCUACAAGACCCAAAAACUAACGCGACAGCGACAAACUCCCCGCCCCAAUUUAGCAACUUCCCGCAAGACCCGGCCGACUUCGACAGCGACCCGCGAAUCUCCUUCUCCAAGCUCGACAACAAAUUCAUCUUGGAAACAGACGAUGGACAAGAGUACAGUUACGACACGAUACUGAAGCGGUGGAUUCCGACGUCUGCUGGAUUUGGCUGGUUCGUGAAACUGAUUGCGGGUCGGCGCCGCUUUGCGCCUGUGGGUGUCCUCCAGGUUGACGAUGACUUGCUGCGACAACAGCAAGAAGCCUAUAAAGUUGAAGGGGUGGACGACGAUGAGCAAGAUACACAGAAGCUCAGGAAGAAACGGAAACAGGGGAGCGAGGAGGGCGAUGCUCAAAAGCCCAAGAAGCAGCGCGUCAACACUGCAGUCUACGUCACAUCCAUCCCCCUUGACGCCGAAUUCGACGAAAUCCGAGACAUCUUUUCGCGAUGCGGCGUCAUCGCUGAGGAGAUUGACAGCGGCCGCCCCCGGAUUAAAAUGUACACGGAUGACGAUGGGAAGUUCAAAGGCGAAGCCCUUGUGGUCUACUUUCGGCCCGAAUCGGUCAACCUCGCGAUUCAAAUGCUCGAUGAUUCGGACUUUAGGCUGGGCGUAACAGGGCCGCAGGGUCCCAUGCGCGUGCAGGCAGCGGAUUUCUCUUUCAAGAGCCAGCAAGAGGCGCCGACGAAGACGAGCAUGCGGGAUAAGAAGAAGAUUAUCAAAAGGACACAGAAACUCAAUAAGUAUGGCUCUGCUGGUUUUGGGCAAAGAAGAGCUACUGACGCGCGUAUGCGUAGCAAACUCGCCGACUGGGAUGACGAUGAACCGGCUGCGCUGGUGGAUACAAGUUCCAAGUUUGAGAAGGUUGUCAUUUUGAAGCAUAUGUUUACGCUUCACGAGUUAGAUGAGGACCCGGCUGCGAUACUGGACAUAAAAGAAGACAUUCGCGACGAGUGCUCCAAAUUAGGAGAGGUUACGAACGUCGUCCUCUACGACAAGGAAGAAGCGGGCGUUGUCAGCGUCCGAUUCUCAAAUCCAGAGUCUGCUAAGGCUUGUGUUCAGCUUAUGAACGGCCGCUUCUUCGGCGGCACGGCAGUCGAAGCAUACAUCUCAGAUGGAAGCGAGCGGUUCCGCAAGACUAAUGAGAAGCGCGCUGCUCUUGAGGAUCUGGCCGAGAAGGGCUUCGACGCUGAAGACGAGGAUGAGAACCAGCGGCUUGACGAGUUUGGAACUUGGCUGGAGAGUUCCCAUACUGUGGAGAAUACGGCUAAGUAA